CAUUUCUGUCCUACACUGUGUUUUGUUCGUAGGGGCGUCUGAAGUAACCGAUGCAACUUCGAACUGACCUCUUUGGAGAGAAAUUUAUUGAGAACCGGGUGACUAUGGUUUCUGUUUUUUCCUGGUUCCUGUGUUCCCUGCUGGCCCUUCUCUUCUUUAACGGGGCCGCUCUCGCUGACGACAUUCGGAUGCUGCAACAAAUGGAAAAAGAACUGGAAGGAGAUUUCACCAUUUUGUUACCUUCUGGAGACAAGAAAGAGAGGCAGUUCGCUGUGCUGCAUCUACCAGGAAAGAAGAUCAACCGCCGAGACUGCCGUAAAAUACAAUUCAACACUACAAGAAAAGUUGAUGCUCACUGCAAUUUUUCCCCGGUGUUCAAUCAGCCACUUAGGGGAUAUUUAGAGACAGUAAGACACAGUGAGUGGCAGCUGAUCCACACGGCGCUGAGGCCCAUGCUCGACGAAUGGAAGGCUCCCCGAGGAUAUGUUAGGAAGAAAGGAAUGUACAAAACGAAAAGAGGUAUUAAUGAGAAAAAAAGCGGCCAAAUGAGAAAGACCAAGAAGGAAAAUGGAGCAGGAGAGACCCAGGGAAGGAAGAGACGCCCAGGUAAGACCGACUGUCCCGAGGCCCUCUAUCUCUUCUCCCGCCUCGCUCCGGACUAUGACUGCAAGAAGAGAUACGUUGGCUACACGUGCACGCAGGCGAUUGUCACCACCAUCCCCAAAGUCCUCAAGGAUGUGGGUUGUGAAGGCACAAGGAUCGUCGUGGGAUUUUCUAAGGUAAAUGAAACAUACAAAACAGAGGCAUGUGAAGGUUACCAGUGCAUGAAGGAAAACAACGUAGAAGUGUAUUACCUGAAGAGCAACGAUCCCCUAAAGGAAUAUGACUGCACAGGUGUGAAGUUUUUGAAGCCCACAAAUUGCACCUACAUAAUAAGUAGUCCGUGAGGGAGGACUCGCGUGGCAUUCCUGUUGCUGCGACGAGAGGCUCUCUGGGCACAUCAAGGCAAGAAGCGUUGCAAAAUGGAUUGGCUCGGGAAAACGGACCAGAAAUGCGUCGGUCCGCAAGCUGUGUUGAUCAAGCUUGGGUCUGGAUUUGAUCUUUUGGUUUGAUUCACAUUUUGUGUUGUUUCUGUCUGAAGAGAAAUUAAAGGUUGCUGAUUCUUUGCCAGUAUUACAUAUAUAAUGACACGAAACACAAACACACACACGCGCCUGUAGCGUUGUAAGUUUGUGCAUAACAUUUAUAAUUAUAUAUGUGUGUGUGUGUGUGUGUGUGUGUGUGUGUGUGUGUGUGUGUGUGUGUGUGUGUGUGUGUGUGUGUG